GAUGGUCAAUAUAAUUAGUAACAGUCCGGGCGGGAGGAUCCCGCUCCGAGUUGUUCAAGAAUCCGAUACUGGUAACCUAACCUUCACUUUCUUCGGUCUUGCUGUUGGAAUCGUACACUCGUUCAAGUUCAAGCCAUUCCUUUCAAGUUCUUCUCCUAGAGAAAACGUUAAAAAUGAUUCCUACUCGCAUAUUUUUUGCCCUUCUCGCAAGCGGUCUCUUACAGAAUGUCGUUGCACAGACGUCACUGUACAUCCCGGGCUUUGAUCCUCAGCCCAUAUCUGCCAAUGAAGUUGGCGUUGGGGAGGAUGGUCGCACGACUUGGCAACUCCAACCUGGUGUUACCAGUGGAUCUUUCGACGAUUUCGGCCUCAUUGGCACUGCGACGCUUAUUCAGGGUCCCAACGAUAUUCAGGUCAUAUAUAAUGGUGCCGGUUUGGACCUGAACGAAAAUUGUGCUAUCAAUGGCAAUCUGGCAGACUGCACAGUGGUCGCUGCGGUAGAUGGAACCACUAGCACUGAUUUUGUCACGGAGACUGUUGCUCCUUUCGAAAUCCAGGGUGGACCAGCUUUGACUUCGGGAGGUAGCGUCCCUAGUGUGACCUCCUCCCCCACCUCUGGAGUUCCUUCAGGCACAAGUGCAUCCGGAGGGUCACAGGCGGGAUCGACUCCAUCUGGAGGUGCUUCCCAAACGUCCGCCCCUCCUGCUGGUAAUACUGCGCCCGGCGAUAAUAGUGGGGCCGUCAAAAUGGGCAUGUCUUAUUUGGUUUGGGUUGCAAGUGGGGUGGCUCUACUAGUUUUGGGAUAAUAGUUUUCUAUACUAUAUCUAUUGCAGGUGAUAUAUCCGGUAUAAAAUAUGAAUCCUCCGGGAUAUAGCAGAUGUGUUGUCAUUUUCUUUUUGCACAAGAUGUCUCUAGUUAAUGAGUCGCGUAAACAGGCUUUGUGACGCGUCGCGUUGGAGAUGUGACGCUUCGUGACUGUACGCGCACUGUGACAC